AUGGAUUUGUCCAGGCUCUAUAAACAACUCCCCACCGAACUUCAGCUGAGGGUCUGGGAGCAAACACUCGAGCCACGAUCCCUGAAAAUCUUUGAUCAAUCUUCUCGAGAUAAAUUCUUCGAGCUGUAUGAGGACAGUUCCCCUCCAGUUGUUCUCCAACUUUGGCAACGUGCAGUCAUUUCGCGCCAGUACCCCGAUUGGAGAAAGGCAAUGUCAAAACUCUUGUCUCUGGAGACUUUCUCGGUGAUUAGCCAUGAGAUGAUGCCGAAGCUGGAUGGGGAGAAUGACAAAUUCAAGCAAGCCAUCGAACGCACUUUGCUUUCGGUCCAACGUGAGAAUGAUGAUUGGCAAGUUCCUCAAGUUUGCGUUAUCCGCACUGGCGAUGUCUGUCCCACAAGAAGGAGGCAGACCGAUCAACUAGAUUUUGUUGAUUUUGCGAGAGGUGGUGUGAAAGAAGCAUACCUUCUGAAGGUUACACGACCAAGAUGCAGCUGUUCGGCUUGUGCUGGCCGCUCCGCGCUUGGACUUCUAUCGCAAGGCUUCCCAACAGCGCGACAGAUACUUGUCUGGAGUAAAAAGGACUCUCAGAAACCCUACACACCACACCCUUCCAUGUUCAGCAUCUGGCCCAACGAUCUGGCAACGCAAGCUCAUGGAGGCGCGAAGUUUAUAGUGCAUGAUUCUACUUUGGUCCCGGCAUCCGCUAUGGCAAUACUUACAUUUACAAGCUUCAUGGCUACUACUACACUAUUGGAAGAUCUUGCUGCGUUGUCUCUAUAACUCGUACUUCAAAUCCAGCCAUUCCACAAGUCCACUAACCCAACAACCCCGCUUCCGCUCGACCGAAUGAAACCAUAUAAGAUGUCGAGUCCAAGAAAUUUCUGGGAUGCCAACGUUAGUUUCAUGAUGGGGAAUAUUCGCAAGGUUACUGUCGUUGGUGUAAGUGACCUUUUGGAAAGCUUUCCCAGGUGCCUGUCACGUGCAUUUAGUUCAUGGCAGCAGAUAGAUUUAUCAUUGCCUUGAAUCUACUAAUUGUUACCAGACACCAACAUCCCCGCUUCUUCCUCAUGUCGUCCAUAAGCUGUCACAUGAAUCUCAACUCAGCGUCACUAUCUUGACCUGAGAAACCAGCAUUUCCCUGUCGACAAACUCACACAGUCAUGUCCAUUCACACGCCCACGAUCAUAACCAUGAUCAUGAUCACAGCUCAGAACUCUCUCACAUCAAGAUCGACUUUACACCAUCUUCAAUUCAGAAACA